CCCGAGGCCCACAUUUAAUUAAAAGGAGUGGGGUGCAGGAGAAGAGGCUGCUGUUGGCAGAUGGAGCCGGAGGAGCUGGGAGCUGAGCCUUGAUUGCUGGGUCCGGAGAGCACGGUCAGCAUGGAAUGUGCCUACUGCUUCCUGGGGUGUCUGCUUCUGGCUGCAGGAGUGCCCCUUGGUGCCGCCAAACGAUUUCAUGAUGUGCUGAGCGAUGAAAGAACUUCUGGUCAUAUGAGGGAGCACAACCAACUAAAUGGUUGGUCUUCAGAUGAAAAUGAUUGGAAUGAAAAACUCUAUCCAGUGUGGAAAAGAGGAGACCCGAGGUGGAGAAACUCCUGGAAAGGAGGCCAGGUGCAGGCGGUUCUGACCAGUGAUUCCCCAGCCCUGGUGGGCUCAAAUGUAACAUUUGUGGUGAGCCUGGUGUUCCCCAGAUGCCAAAAGGAAGAUGCCAAUGGUAACAUAGUCUAUGAGAAGAACUGCAGAGAUGGAACGGGCCCAUCUGCUGACCCGUAUGUUUACAACUGGACAGCGUGGGCUGAGGACGCUGACUGGGGAAAUGACACCAACCAAAGCUACCACGUGUUCCCCGACGGCAGGCCUUUCCCGCACCACCACCACCACCACCACCGGUGGAGGCAGUGGGGUUUCGUCUACGUGUUUCACACACUUGGUCAGUAUUACCAGAAAUUGGGACGGUGUUCAGCGAGUGUUUCUAUAAACACAACCAACGUGACGCUUGGCCCUCAAGUCAUGGAAGUAGCUGUCUAUAGAAGAAACCGAAGGGCAUACACUCCUGUCGCAAAAGUGAAAGAUGUGUACCUGGUCACAGAUCAGAUUCUUGUGUUUGUGAAUAUGUCCCAGAAGAAUGAUCGAAAUUCCUCCGAUGAAACCUUCCUUAGGGACAUUCCCAUUCUGUUUAAUGUCCUGAUUCACGAUCCCAGCCACUUCCUGAGUGAGUCUGCCAUUAACUACAAGUGGAACUUCGGGGAUAACACUGGUCUGUUUGUUUCCAACAAUCGCACUUUGAAUCACACGUACGUGCUCAACGGGACUUUCAGCCUUAACCUCACUGUGCAAGCUGCAGUGCCUGGACCUUGCCCUUCACCUACACCCAGACCUCCAAAACCCACUCCUUCUUUAUCACCCGCCGAGGACAGCCUGCUGGAGCUGGGGGAGGUUCCCGAUAAAGACUGCCGGAUUAACAGAUACGGCCACUUCAGGGCCAUCAUCACAAUUGUAGAGGGAAUUCGAGAGGUGAACAUCGUGGAUAUGACAGAAGUCCUGAUGCCCCUGCCACAGCCCGAGGACCCCUUGAUGGAUUUCCUCGUGACCUGCGAAGGGACCAUUCCCACCGAGGUCUGUACCAUCGUUUCUGACCCCACCUGCCAGCUCGCCCAGGACACGGUCUGCAGCCCCGUGGAGGUGGCCAUGGGCGACGCGUGCUUGCUGACCGUGAGACGGGCCUUCAACGACUCCGGGACCUACUGUGUGAACCUCACUCUGGGUGACGAUGCGAGUCUGGCCCUCACGAGCACCCUCGUCUCUGUCCUGGGCAGACGCCCAGGCUCCCCCGUGAGAAUGGCGAGUGCUGCCCUGGCCUCCGUGGGCUGCUUGGCCGUAUUUGUCACUGUGGUCGCCCUGGUGGUGUACAAAAAACGCAAGGAAUACAAACCGAUAGAAAACGGUGCUGGGAUCAAUGGCAAAGGCCUGAACGUUUUCCUGGAGCACGCAAAGGUCAAGUUCUCCCCCGGCAGCCAGGAGAAAGACCCACUGCUCAAGAACCAGCUGGGAAUUCUUUAAACCUUCAGCCUGAUUUCUGACCAACAGCUCGCUCUUCAGUGCCGUGUGUGUGAGCUGUGCUAGUGUAGAAGACUAUCAACCUUUUUUCCUAAACAUUACUGUAAAAUAUAUACUGAGGUUUAGGGAGGUGUAAUUUUUUUAUAGGUUAAAUGACAUUAUAGAGAAGUGGAGAGAAAUUAUAUGGCGUGCAGCCUUGGCCGUGUUAUGGAACUGAUGGAGUCGGUCAGCCGUGCUUUCUUUCAUUAUGAUUUAUGUUUCACUUAUAAUGUAUUAACAUGAUUAGUAGGAUAGACAUACUGUGUCCAAAGAGUAGGUGGAGAAGGUACUAUUCAUUAGAGUGACCAAGGUUGCCUGGAAGGCGAGGCUGGACGCUUUCUAGCUUCCCAUAUACACACAUGCAUACAAUCAAUGCACUGUACUCCUGUCCCUAAGACCACGUUCAGUUACCUGUUCCCAGGGAACUGAAGCCUAUUUCAGUGAGCACGCAUGAGCUCCCAACAGAACAAAGGCCGAGCCUCUACUAUGAUGCAGAUGCUUGUUACAC